GAAACACCCAGCAGUUCCACCUCCUUGCAGACACAAUAUGCUUAAAUAGUGGCUGCUGAAUGAAUGAUGAGCAGUUGCAAAAAACACAUGUACAACUUCCUCAUCUGAUCAGCCAGCUUUGACUUCUGCUUCGUUCUGAGGGGACCAUGACGAACAACACAUCUAUAUCAUCCACCAACAUCACCCAGCCCUACAGGAUUGCCUUGAUCAUCAUCUAUACUAUUGUGCUUCUGGUGGGCACCACGGGCUUAACCCUCAUGAUGAGCUUAUUAAAAAGCAACCUUCGCUCAUUAACCACCAUCGCCUUUCUCAACCUGAUGGUGGCGCACUUUCUAUUCCUGCUCACCGUGCCAUUCAGAAUCUACUACUACGCAUUUGAAACUUGGAAGCUGCACCACGGCUUCUGUAAAGUAGUCAGUGCCAUGAUCCACAUCCACAUGUACAUGGUGUUUAUAAUCUAUGCCAUCAUUCUUACCUUCCGUUUCUUGCAUUAUUACAAGAAGACUCAGCGGACGGAGUUCUACCGCCGGCUGCAUGCGGUGUGUGCGAGCGCCAUUGUGUGGUCCGUGCUGUUACUCAUCAUGCUGCCCACCGUGCUGUCUCAAUACGGUGGAAUUAAUGCCCCACAAAACGAGUGCUUCAAAUUUGGGGAUGUGUUAGAGAACAAAAGUAUCUAUGCCCUGAACGUGAUUGUGUCUAUUACUAUUGUUAUUGCGUCAUGUGCUCAGACCUGCAUUCAGGCGAUCAUUCUGCACUCAAUGAUACUCAAGUACGGACCCGCCAGUCGCUCCCAGCAGGAAUUUUUGGUCCAAUUGAAGAACCUCUGCUUUGUACUUAUCAUGCUCACCUGCCUGGUGCCAUAUCAGCUGUUUCGGCUGUACUACCUGAAACACAUUAAGGAGCUUCAUGAGAUAAACGAGGUGUUCCUGGCCAUCACGGGGCUCACCUGUUUCGACAUGCUGACAUUCACUGGGAGAGGGGUGUGUCAGGGGUGCUGUUGAACCUAAAGCUGAGGAACAAUGGUCAGCGCUCAUUAUCUGCGCAUCAUUGAUGACCAGUUGAGGCCUGCAUCGGUGAAACUGCUGGAACUGCUGCAGGUUUUCUGCUGGAAAAAGGUGUCCAGUGUCAUAAUAUAAGGGAAUGAGAGUAACGGAUCACGUGGCAAACAAAAGCUUCAGACUUAAAUUAAAUUUACUAUAUGAACCAUAGUUUUCUCAAAUAUACACACUUGCCUUACUUUAGGCCUACUAAAGCGAUUGUUUCUAGAGUAGUCUAAACAUGUUGUGCACUGUAAAGUAUUUCAAACAACUAAAAUUUAAAGGAAUAUUCUGGGUUCAAAAAAGUUAAGCUUAAUCGACAGCAUUUGUGGCAUAGUAUUGAUUACCACAAAAAAAUAAUUACGACUCAUCCUUCCUUUUCUUUAAAAAAAAAAAAGAAAUCAAUGUUACAGUGAGGCACUUAUAAUGGAAGAAAAUGGGGCCAGUUUUUGGAGGGUUUAAAGGCAGAAAUGUGAAGCUUGUAAUUUUAUAAAAGCAUUUACAUAAAUUCUGUUAAAACUCAUGUAUUAUUUGAACUGUGGAGUUGUUUAAAUUGUCAUUUUUACUGUUGUUUUAGGGUUUAUGGCAUUACGUUGUAAAAUUGGCUAUAACUUUACACGGAAAAGGUAACUAAAGCAAUGUUAUCACACUAAAAUUGUGUUAACAUCCAUAUUGUGUACGUCUUGUGGCUAUACGUUUAAAAAGUGAGUAUUUUAACAUUUAUGAAUUGACCACAUUCACUUCCAUUGUAAGUGCCUCUCUGGAACCCACAUUUUUCUUUUGUAAAGAAAAGGAGGGAUGAGUCAAAAUAAUGGUAAUCAACAUUAUGCCACAAAUGCUGUCGAUUGAGCUUAACUUGUAUUGAACCUGGAAUAUUCCUUUUAAAUGGAUAAAAAAAAAGAUGUUGAUUUAAUUCUGAAACAAAUUCUCCUUACACUUUUUGAAUGCAGUUCCCUAUUAAUUAAUGAUUUUAUUUGUCCUUUAUUUAACCUGGAAAUUAAACUCACUGAGAUUAAGAAUCUCUUUUACAGAAGUGUCCUGGCUAAGACAGGCAGCCGCAGAUGUUUACAGCCUUAAAUAACAUAUAACGCUACAAAUAAAAAAACUAAAUAAAAAAUGCCUUCACUUAAAAGAGAAAAAAUAUUUUAAAACAUUUACAGAUUGUUGGGGCCUUGGUAGCUCAGCGAGUACUGAUGCUGACUACCACCCCGGGAGUUGCGAGUUUGAAUUCAGGGUGCGCUGAGUGAGGUCUGGAGCCAAAUUGGCCCGGUUGCUAGGGAGGGUAGAGUCACAUGGGGUAACCUCCUUGUGGUCACUAUAAUGCGUGGUUCUUGCUCUCGGUGGGGUGCAUGGUGAGUUGUGCGUGGAUGCUGCAGAGAAUAACAUGGGCCUCCACACGCGCUACGUCUCCACGGUAACGCGCACAACAAGCCACAUGAUAAGAUGCGUGGAUUGACGGUCUCAGAUGCGGAGGCAACUGAGAUUCGUCCUCCGCCACCCGGAUUGAGGUGAGUCACUAUGCCAUCACGAGGACUUAGAGAGCAUUGGGAACUGGGCAUUCCAAAUUGGGGAGAAAAAAAAAAACAUUUGCAAAUUGAUAUAUCUUUCUCAAAUUCUCGAAUAAAAUAUUUAUAAGUA